UUUGGGAGACGGACGCCCUUCUUCCUCGGCAACGGGCGCUGCUACCGGUGCUGUCAUGGCGGCCGCGGGGCUGUUGUGCCGCCUGGGGAGGCACAUGUUGCCCAGAGGGGCCCUGGCUUCGGCUCGUGCGGCAGCGGAAGCCUCAGAGGCCGGGCUGAGGAGCCGGGGCCCAUGCUGGAUCGUAGCCAGACACAUUAAUAACAAUAACACAUGGUGGGAUGAGCAUCUUUCAGAAGAGAAUGUCAAGUUACUUAAAACAUUUGUGAAAGAAGAAAUCCAAGCUCAAACAGCCAAUAAGCUUUGCCCACUGAAAGAUGAACCUUGGCCUUUGCAACCAUGGCAACCAGGUUCCAGAAGAGUUGGUAUUAUUGCUGUAAAAUUGGGAAUGAUGCCAUUGUGGACCAAGAAGGGUGAAAAAUUACCUGUCACGUUACUUCAGGUUCAAGACUGCCAUGUGAUACGGCACAUACCAAAAGAAGAAAGUGAUGGGAAAUACCCUGCUCUAAUUGUUGGAGGGAAAAAUGGAUCUCAGUUUCGUAAAGCUGAGUCUGUUCUUGAGAUGUACAGAGAAGUUGGUCUCCCUCCAAAGCAGAAAAUUUCAACAUUUCGAGUGACAGAAAAUGCUAUCAUUAAGCCAGGCACUCCUCUUUAUGCAGCCCACUUUCGUCCUGGGCAGUACGUGGAUGUCACUGCAAAAACGAUUGGCAAAGGCUUCCAAGGAGUCAUGAAAAGAUGGGGAUUUAAAGGCCAGCCUGCUAGUCAUGGUCAGACUAAAACACACAGGCGACCUGGAGCAAUUUCCAAUAGUAAAGUUGCCAGAGUCUUCAAGGGAAAGAAAAUGCCUGGGCAAAUGGGCAACUGUUACAGGACAACAAAAGGACUAAAGGUGUGGCGAGUCAGUACAAAGUUCAAUAUCAUAUAUGUACACGGUUGUGUUCCAGGUCAUAAAAACUGUUUAGUAAAGGUCAGUGAUUCAUCUUUACCGGCUUACCGAGAAGACUGUAAGGACUUCCCAUUCCCAACAUUUUUUGCUGAUGGCGAAGAGGAGGUGCCUGAUGAACUGUAUGAUGAGGAAGUUUUCCAGUUCAGCGAGCCCUCCAUUGCAUUUAGUUAGCUACUGACGUCCUGAAAAUUUCCCAUCAUGAAUGUCAACUUGAAGCCACAAAACAGGAAAUUGCUGGAGAGGUGGGCUCUUACUGUCAUCAACUUGCCCAAAAAUCCUUACGAGAGCUGGUGAUAUUCUGAGGGAUUUUCUCCAAAACCACAAAUUCCAAAAUGUAUAAAUUUGCUGUAAAACUGUAGAGGCUGAAAAAUGAUGAACCAUAACCUUUUUAUUUUUUUUAAAUGGCAGAACCUUUCAAACUAAAAAUGUUAUUGUAUCUGUAACAGCCAAACUACUGCUUCAGUCAAACUAUGACACUUCUGUUUGUUCACUUCCAAAAAAAUGAAUAUUUCCAAUUAUUUACUUAAUAAAAAGCUGUUAUUAAA